AUGUGGAAAGCUGGGGUAGAGAAGCUCUAUAAGGCUUUUCCAGGAAACACAAAUGCAGACAGUGUGGUGCACUACAGACUCCAGCCUCCCAUGGAAGCCAGGUUCCUUCGCUUCCUUCCCAUAACCUGGAACCCUAACGGCAGGAUUGGAAUGCGGGUUGAAGUGUAUGGAUGUGCAUACAGAUCUGAGAUGAUUCAUUUUGAUGGGAAAAGUUUCUUACUCUACACACUUAAGAGAUCUCUGAGUUCAACAAAAGAUAUUAUUUCUUUGAAAUUUAAAACCAUGCAGAGUGAUGGGAUUCUACUCCACAGAGAAGGACAGAAUGGCAAACGUAUCACUCUGGAAUUAGUUAAAGGACAACUAAUCUUAUUCUUUAAUUCAGGCAAUAUGACACUGCUUUCCCAUGAUGCCAAUGUGAAGCUGACUCUAGGCAGCCUGCUGGAUGACCAGCACUGGCAUUCUGUCCUCAUCGAGCUCCUCAGCUCAUAUGUCAGCUUCACGCUGGACAGACACACUCACCAUUUUCAGGCAAAGGGAGAAUCCAGUUACUUGGAUAUUAAUUAUGAGAUCAGCUUUGGAGGGAUUCCUGGACGUGGAAAGUCAGUGGCAUUUUUACAAAGAAACUUCCAUGGUUGUUUAGAAAAUAUCUAUUAUAAUGGAGUAGAUAUUAUUGAUUUGUCCAAGAAACACAAACCACAGAUCCUCAUUAUGGGAAAUGUGUCCUUCUCUUGCCCACAAUCACAAAUGGUCCCUGUGACCCUGUUGACCUCCAGGAGCUAUUUGGCCCUGCCAGGUACCUCUGGAGAGAACAAAGUGUCUGUCAGUUUUCAGUUUCGAACGUGGAACAUAGCAGGACUGCUUCUAACCAGUGAACUUCAUCAUGACUCAGGGACUCUCGUCCUUGUUCUCAAUGAUGGAAAACUCAAGUUGAGUCUUUUCCAGCCAGGAUGUUCAAGGAUGGAUGUCACAGCAGGUGUUGGAUUAAAUGAUGGGCAAUGGCAUUCUGUAUCCUUAUCUGCUAAAAAGAAUCAGCUGAGUGUGAUGGUGGACAGUGACACAGCCACUGCUGCUUCCUCCCCAGUGCAUCGGCAGAUCGAAUCAGGGGACACCUAUUAUCUGGGAGGCUGUCCUGACAACAGCUCUUGCUCAGGAUGUGAGAGUCCCCUGGGUGGAUUUCAGGGCUGUCUCAGGCUCCUCUCCAUUGGCGAGAAAGCAGUGGAUCUCAUCUCAGUACAGCAGGGGGCACUGGGGAGUUUCAGUGACCUCCAGAUAGACUCCUGCAGCAUUACAGACAGGUGCCUACCCAGCUAUUGUGAACAUGGGGGUGAAUGUUCCCAGUCCUGGAACACCUUCUCUUGCAACUGUACCGAGACAGGUUACCUGGGAGCAACCUGCCAUUCCUCCCUCUACGAGCAGUCCUGUGAAGCCUACAAGCACAGAGGGAACUCUUCAGGACUCUACUAUAUUGACUCAGAUGGAAGUGGCCCGUUGGGACCGUCUCUGGUAUACUGCAACAUGACAGACACCACCUGGACCUCAAUAGAGCACAAUGGUUUCCAUUUGACCACAAUGAAAAGCUCUGAUGGAGAAAGUUUUCAUCCUGUGCUUUUCAACUACUCGGUCAGCAUGGACCAACUCCAGGCCAUAAUUAACCACGCAGACCAAUGCCAACAGGAGCUGACGUUCCAUUGCAAGAAAUCAAGGCUUUCAUCUGCCCAUGAUGGAACCCCACUGAGCUGGUGGGUUGGAAGAACCAAUGAAACAUACAGUUAUUGGGGAGGUUCUCUGCGUGAUGCUCAAAAGUGUACUUGUGGAUUAGAGGGCAACUGCAUUGAUUCUCAAUAUUACUGCAACUGUGAUGCUGACCGGAAUGAAUGGGCCAGUGACACAGUAGUCCUUUCCCAAAAGGAGCACCUGCCAGUCACUCAGGUCAUGAUGACAGACACUGGCCGACCGCAUUCUGGAGCAACCUAUACCCUGGGGCCUCUGCUCUGCCAGGGGGACAAUCACUUUUGGAAUUCAGCUUCUUUCAACACUAAAACCUCCUACCUUCAUUUCCCCACACUCCACGGAGAGCUCAGUGUGGAUGUGUCUUUCUUUUUUAAGACCACAGCUUCCUCUGGGGUCUUUGUUGAGAACCUGGGGAUCUCAGACUUCAUCAGGGUGGAGCUUCAAGCUCCCACAGAAGUGACCUUUUCCUUCGAUGUGGGGAAUGGACCUUGUGAGGUCACAGUGCAGUCACCCACUCCAUUUAAUGACAAUCGGUGGCAUCACCUGAGGGCAGAGAGGAACGUUAAGGAAGCACUCCUUCAAGUGGAUCAGCUGCCUCGAAAGACACAACCUGCCCCUGCUGACGGACACAUCCACCUACAGCUCAAUAGCCAGCUCUUUGUGGGUGGGACAGCCACACGACAGAGAGGCUUCCUGGGCUGCAUCCGGUCUCUGCAGUUGAAUGGGGUGACCCUGGAUCUGGAAGAAAGAGCCACAAAGACGCCAGGUGUGGAGCCAGGGUGCCCAGGACACUGCAGCAGUUAUGGACACUUAUGUCAAAAUGGAGGGCAAUGUCGAGAAAAGAGCAGGGGUUUUGCUUGUGAUUGUGCCUUCUCUGCAUUUGCCGGCCCUUUCUGCUCCAAUGAGAUUUCUGCGUAUUUUGGAAUUGGCUCCUCAGUGGUCUACAGUUUUCAAGAACAUUACAAUUACACCUUAAGUAAGAACUCCAGCUCCUUUGCAGCUUUAUCACAUGGAGAUGUGACACUUUCCAGAGAAAUGAUCACACUCAACUUCCGAACCACAGGAACCCCCAGCUUACUGCUGUGUGUGAGCUCUUUCUAUGAAGAGUACCUGUCAGUUAUCUUGGCUCGGAAUGGAAGUUUGCAGAUUAGGUACAAGCUAGGCAGGCAUCAAGAACCUGAUGUUGUUAACUUUGACUUUAAAAACAUGGCUGACGGGCACCUACACCAAGUGAAGAUCAACAGAGAAGCAGCAGUGGUCUCUGUUGAGGUUAACCAAAGUGCAAGGAGACAAGUCAGCCUGUCUUCAGGGACAGAAUUCAAUGCUGUCAAAUCCAUCAUAUUGGGAACAAUUGUAGAGCCCCUCAGCUUGGACCCCGACACACAGCUAGCGGGUGCACAGGGCUUCACUGGCUGUCUGUCGGCUGUGAGCUUCGACAGUGCAGCUCCUCUGAAGGCUGCGCUUGGCCUAGGUGGCCCCACUACUGUCACCAUCCAUGGCCAUGUGGCCGCUUCAUCCCUCUGUGCAGCAGGGACAGGGCCUGGCACACUGGAGCGGGAGCUCACGAAGCCCUUUGCAGGGAAUGCAGGUCGUUCUGAGCCCACAGAUGAACGAGAGCCCUUGGUUAACGCACACAGAAGUUACUCUGCAGUUAUUGGAGGUGUGAUAGCAGUUGUGAUAUUUAUCUUGCUCUGCGUCACUGCCAUAGCCAUACGCAUUUGCCAACAGAGAUGGUUUUACCAAAAACACAGUGCCCCCCAAAAUGGAGACAAUGCUGAGAUUUCUCUGAAAAGUGAGCUCAACCUGCAAACUAUAGUCGAUGAAAGUCAAAAAGAGAACUUCCUAUGA